AUGCAGUACGUCAGAAACAUCAGCGAUUCCGUCUCGACAGCAUGGAAUUCUAUCAACCCGUCGACCCUCAGUGGCGCCAUCGACGUGAUAGUCGUGGAGCAUGGAGACGGCACGCUGGCCUGUUCGCCCUUCCACGUCCGCUUCGGCAAGUUCUCAUUGCUGCGCCCGUACGAGAAGAAGGUCAUCUUCACCGUCAACGGUGUCAAGCAGGAUUAUGCCAUGAAACUUGGGGAGGGUGGUGAGGCCUUCUUCGUCUUCGAGACCACCGACAACAUCCCCCAGAGCCUACAGACCUCCCCACUUGUGUCGCCGGCAUCGAGCCCUCCGCUGCCACCGGACCGAUCGUCGACAGGCGUCUUGCAGGAGCCAGACAUCCUCCAGCUGGAUGAGGGAGUCAGCAAGCCGCGGUCGGCCACAGUUAGCCGACCGGGUCCCGUACCGAUGCUAGGCCCCAGCCUCAUGUCACCCCAUGCCACCUCACCAGAACUGAGCCACGGACGUCCAAGCUUCCACGAUUUCCCUGGUUCGCGCCGAGUCCCAUCGCACAGCGAGGACAUACUGCCGUCCAGUGCCCGUACCUACACCGAUCGCGAUGAGUCCCCAAACAGAUCUCACCGUGAGGGCAGCCCGGAGGAAUCAGCGAGGUCGGUCAGCCCGCCGCCGUUGGCUCCACGGGACGCUCUUCAGCGGGCUAUGAAGGUGUCCAAUGAACUGUCGGCUGCCAACAUACCGAGCCACAUCACCGAUACUGGUGAUUUGAUGCUGGACAUGACGGGUUACAAGAGCAGCGAAGAGGAUGCGAUCAAGGCUGAAAUCAUUGCCCGCGAGAUCCUAGCCAAGGAACUACAAGGCGACUACGACAUUGGCGCUCUGUUCGGCAUGGAUGAGCACGGAAAUCUUUGGAUCUACAGCAGCGAAGACGCCAAGGAGGCGGCGAUGAAGAAGACGGUAGCAUCCCUCCGGCCCUCUCCGUCUUUGAACAUCGAUGCUGCCUCGGACCCGGGUUAUGCCAGCGAUGAUUCUGCCUCCUCUGCUCCGGAGCCUUCUCAUCGUAGGAGCGACUCCGACGCCGGCCAGAUGAGCAUUGGCACACCUCCUACAACACCAGGAUCCUCUACCCAUGCAGGGGACCCCAACCGAAACUAUGCCAAAACCCUGCGACUGACUAGUGAUCAGUUGAAGGAGCUGAACCUCAGACCUGGCGAGAACACGAUGGCCUUCACCGUCAACCGGGCAACAUGCCAAGCUAACAUGUACCUCUGGAAGCACGAUACCCCAGUCGUGAUCUCGGAUAUUGAUGGAACCAUCACCAAGUCUGACGCCUUGGGCCAUGUGCUGAACAUGAUCGGCCGAGAUUGGACACACGCUGGAGUCGCAAAGUUGUAUACUGAUAUUGUAGCCAAUGGUUACAACAUCAUGUAUCUCACAAGCAGAUCAGUUGGCCAGGCUGACACCACAAGAGCCUAUCUGAAUGGUAUCCUUCAAGACGGUUACCGCAUCCCUCGGGGGCCGACUAUUCUCUCCCCUGACCGGACAAUGGCGGCCUUGCGCCGCGAAAUCUACCUCCGGAAACCGCAUGUCUUCAAGAUGGCCACCUUACGGGAUAUUCGCAACCUCUAUGGCCCGGACAGCCACUGCUUCUACGCUGGCUUCGGCAAUCGGCUCACAGAUCAGAUCUCAUACCGCACGGUUGAUGUGCCGCGGAACCGCAUCUUCACCAUCAACUCCAACGCUGAGGUGUCGCUCGACCUUCUCUCGCUUAACAAGCUCAAGUUGAGUUAUGUAAACAUGACAGAAGUCGUUGACCACUACUUCCCUCCGGUCUCGACCCUUGUCAAGGGUGGUGGUGAACAGUACACAGACUUUACCUACUGGCGGGAUACCCCCCUGGACAUGGAUCAAUUCAGUGCCAGCGAGGAUGAGGAAGAUGAAGACGACGUGUACGAGGAAGAAGGCGAAGAGGAAGAGGACGUGGGCAUUAUGGGCGACAGCUAUCUUUCCCGUGGCGACGAUGACGAUAUUGCCGAAAGCAUUCUCAGCGGAAGCGGGAUCUACGAAGAUGGGCAGCAAAUGUUGGACUCAAUGAUUAUAGAAGAAGAUGCAGAUGACGAGGAAGAAGGAGAGGAUCAGGAUGAAGAAGAGUUGGUAGAGGACGACGAGGAGGAGGAGGAGGACGACGACGACGACGAUGACGAGGAUGAGGAAGUCAACGAGGCGGACGAAGAACUGACGCAGUCCACUAGCAAAAGCGCACCGCACGGUACGGAGCCCAAGGCGAAGCCUAGCACCCCGAAUCUCACCGAGCAAGAUAUCAACGCCGAGAUAAUCACGGGGCUGCAGAACCUAGGCGUCGAGAAGGGGGCCAAACCACCCAAACCCAAGAACACGGCGUAA